UCUCCUCUCCUCUCAUUCGCCCUCCUCUCCGUCGCCAUUCCUGGCCAGUCCCGUCCUCGCCUCUCCCUCUCCUCCCUCGGCUUUGGUGACAAGCAUGAGGUAUGAGAUAUUUGCUACCAGGCCCAAACAAGGCAUCGGCGAUUUGUGUGAUUGCUAUUCUCGACCACCGGAUUUUGCAUAGUGACGAAAAUAACCAUUCCCGACCCUUCUCUCCCCUCUCGUCUUCUUUCCGAUUGGUGGUCGGUGGGCAGAAGGGGGACAUGAGAGACGCCUUAAGCUUCAGUGCAGCAGCAGCGGCAACUGUACCGAAAUUACCAUUCUGCCAACUUGGUUCAUUCCCCUUUCUUGAUCUUACUAAACCCACUCUCCUCCCUUAUAAAACCUUCUAUUCACAUCCCCUCCCCUCUUCUUCUCAUCCUCCCCAUCAUCAUCUGCCCUCUCGGAAUCCCAUUUCCGCCUCUCUCCGGUUCGUCGUCGCCGCCGCUGCCGCCGCAGAGCAAGCAGCAUCCAUGGCGGCGCCAUCCGCUGCAGAGUCCAAGCCCUUCUCCGUGCUUUUCGUUUGCCUCGGCAACAUCUGCCGAAGCCCUGCCGCGGAGGCCGUGUUCAGAGACCUUGUCCGCAAGAGGGGAUUGGAGUCCAAAUUCUGGAUCGAUUCCGCCGGCACCAUCGGCUACCACGAAGGUAAUCCAGCGGACUCAAGGAUGAGGGCAGCAUCCAAAAGGCGUGGGAUCGAGGUGACUUCGAUCUCGAGGCCGAUUCGCCCCUCCGAUUUCAAGGAGUUUGAUCUCAUACUAGCCAUGGACAUGCAAAACAGAGGGGGCUUACAGAGGCCCGAAACCCCGGCGGGAUUUGGUAGGCGACUGGGUCUCCAACAACGAUGGGUUCGUCCGGAGCUUGCCCAUCUUCGUGGGCGGCCUCUCCUUGCUCGCUGUCCUCCUUAACCGCGCCUUCUCCGGCAUCGCCCCCGAGUUCUUGAACGACGACGGCGACGAGAAUUCUCCAUAAUAUCUAUCUACUUUCUUCUUCGAUCAACCUUAUCUGUUACCAAUUGAGUGAUCAAAGAUAAUUCUCCAUAAUAUCUGGUUCUAUCUCUCAAGAUACCAAGUCUCAUGAUUGAUUUCUUUAUUCU